CGUACCCGCCGACCGUCUGCUGCCGAGGACUGCUGGAAGCGGACAUGUUAGACCGGCCUGUCCGGGGAUAAACACUGCGCAUAACCUCGUGUCGGACGGUAAAGGGAGAAGUCGCCGAGGCGGGAGACCAUGGAUGCCGUCAACGCGUUCAACCAGGAGUUAUUCUCCUUAAUGGACAUGAAGCCUCCCAUUUCUCGAGCAAAGAUGAUAUCGAUAACAAAAUCGGCUAUAAAGGCUAUAAAGCUGUACAAGCAUGUUGUCCAAAUUGUUGAAAAGUUCAUCAAAAAGUGCAAACCAGAAUACAAAGUUCCAGGGCUCUAUGUGGUGGACUCCAUCGUUCGACAGUCACGACAUCAGUUUGGGGCAGAUAAAGAUGUAUUUGGGCCCAGGUUCACAAAAAACAUCACAGGGACAUUUGAGAACCUCUGCUUGUGUCCCACUGAAGACAGGAGUAAGAUUGUACGGGUGCUGAACCUUUGGCAGAAGAAUGGGGUAUUUAAGAUUGAUGUCAUCCAGCCCCUACUGGACAUGGCAGCUGGUACAAGCAGCAGCGCCCCAGUGACCGAUGUGGACCACGAAGGCCCAGAUGGCGGAUCCCCCUCCACUCCAGUUAAGGCACCCGCAGAUCCUCUUCCCUCAGUCCCUACCAACUCUAUUGUGGCAGCUGUUCCACAGCUGCAGAACUCAGAUGCCUUUGCUGCUGUGGCACAGUUGUUCCAGUCUUCUCAAGGACAGCAGCUUCAGCAGAUGCUUCAGACGUUCCAGCAGCCAGGGAAGCCUCAGUCCCCAGCACUGGAGAACAAUAUGAUGGCCCAGCUCCAGGCUGCCAGUGCUCCUCUUGCCCAGAUUGCCCAGCAUGCCUCACUCACCCAGCACACCCCAGUUGGUCCACAGCCUGUGGUGCAGAAAGCUGCCUUUGACAAGAAGCUUCUGGAUCGCUUUGACUAUGACGACGAGCCCGAAGGCAUCGAGGACACCAAAAAGGAUGAAUUGACGACUGUCACUUCUGUUACUACAGCCUCAACCACAACUGUCUCUGCUGUGCCCCAAGUGUUUCCCGUGGCCCUGCAGCAGCCGGUGUACCAACAAUUAGCUGCACAGAACCCCCACACGGAACACUUUCAGGGACCAUUGCUGGGAAUGCCACAGGACCCCACCCAUCAGGUUUCCCUACCCCCUAACGGGCAGCUCCAAGGCUAUAGUCUUAUACCCCCACAGUCGUACCCAGGGAUGAUGCCACAGAUGGGUCAGACUCUCCUACCCCAGCAGGCAACUGGCCUGCCACCAGGUUUCCCUGCGGGAUACCCUCCACAGAAUGAAGCCUAUGCCCAACACAUGGCCCAGCAGCCCCAGGAAGUGUCAAUGGAAAUAGACCCCCCACAAAUGGAGGGAAAGCACCGGUCCGAUGGCAGGAGAUCUCGAUCACGUUCAGGCUCCAGAUCCCCAAAGAGAAGGCGUUCCCGGUCCAACUCCCGCAAUCGCAGGUCUCGCCACAGGCGAUCACGUUCGCGGUCCAGGGACCGCCGACGCCACUCACCCCGCUCUCGGUCACAGGAGCGGAGGGAUAGGGAACGGGAAAGAGAACGGCGGCAAAAGGGGCUGCCCCAUAUCAAGAGUGAGACCCUUAGCGUGUGCAGUACAACUCUGUGGGUGGGCCAGCUGGACAAGCGGACACAGCAGCAGGACGUAGCCUGCCUGCUGGAGGAGUUUGGGCAGAUUGAGUCGAUCAACAUGAUUCCCCCACGGGGUUGUGCAUAUAUUGUGAUGGUCCACAGACAGGACGCCUUUCGUGCCCUACAGAAACUCAGCAGGGGAUCCUUCAAAGUGAACCAGAAAGCCAUUAAGAUUGCAUGGGCCUUGAACAAAGGGAUCAAGCCGGAGUACAAGCAAUAUUGGGACAUCGAACUGGGUGUCACCUAUAUCCCAUGGAGCAAAGUCAAGGUCGAUGACUUGGACAGCUUCUGUCAGGGGGGCAUGCUGGACCCUGAAACACUUUGUCCAGAAUGGAAGACCUCUCAGAAUGACUUGGAUAAACCAGAGGAGGUGGCACAGAAUGGCCGCUCAGACUCUGCACAGGCUGAGGAGAACCCGGCUUCUGGCGCCGUCCAGGUACAGCCUAGUGUCCAGUCCAUGGGAACUGUAGGAAGCCUUCAGCCUCCAUCCUUUCCCACACACAUGGGGCUUCCACCCCCCGCCUUCCCACCAGGAGUGCCCCCACCUCCCCCACCACCCUUCAUGCGUCCCGGAUUCAACCCUAUGCAGAUGCCUCCAGGAUUCCUUCCACCUAGUGCCAUGCCCCCCAUGGGUUCCACAGGACCCCCUCCACCUGCUUCAUCUGUUAACAUGCCUUCUUCAACUGUGCCUGGCAGUUCAGCCGAAGAGCCCUCCAAGGACCCUUCCAGUACCGUGGGAACCAGGAACACUGGAGAUGCUGUUGAUGGCUCCAAGUUGUAUGGCUCUGUCCCAGGGAUGAGCCAGGCGUCUAGCCUGCCAGGAUCCGUGCCUCAGCCAAUCGCCGGAAUGGGUAAUCAGGUGGGUGCUCCAGCAGGUCCACCAUCAGGUGGACUUCUGGGUGCCAGGCCUGGCAUGAUUCCCCUGCAACGCCCCCCAGGAGUCCCACCCCCUCACAUGCAGCGCUUCCCUCUGCACCCUCCACGGCCCAACAUGCCACCUAUGCCUCCGCAGAUGAUGCACAGGGGCCCUCCCCAGAUGAUGCAUCGAGAACCUCCACCUGGGGGUUAUGGCAUACCACCACCCCACCCCAUCAGGGGACCCUUCCCCCCCCAUGGGCCCCCCUUCAUACGCCCAGGGGGUCCCAGGGGCCCAGAGGUGCCUGACGACCGGGAAGGCAGGCCAUUUAGAAGCGAGCGGCCUGGGUUCGGGCGGGACAGGGAACAGGAGCGUUUUGGGGGCCGUCGGCCUCCUUAUGGCAGUGGCGGCAGUGGUAGCGAAGGGCGCAGUGGAGAGAGACCAGAAGGACGAGAGCGCUUUGCCAACCGACAUGAAGAGUUUGAGCAGCGAGGUGGGUGGGAGCGAGACCGCAGGGACUGGGGGCGCAGCCCAGAGCAUGAACGAGGGAGGGAAGUGGAGGACCGGGGUCGGCGUGCCAGCGGGCACAGGGACCGGGAGCCUGGAACACGGGAGAGGAGCACUCGUUGGGACAGGGAUGACCGCCGCGAAAAAGUGGACGAGGUGGAUGGUGCCGACCGUUACCGUGACUCCAAUAGCACUGAUGCCCCUGCAAACUCUGACAAAGAACUGACCCAGCCAGAGUCUGAAGGGCUGCCAGGUCCAGAGCCUUUAGCCCCGUCCACAGAAGUGACUGCGGAUCUGGUGGCCUCAGUGGCCCCAGUAUCAACUGAACCUGCAGAAAAACCCCAGGAAGCAGAGUCCUAGAGGCAACAGGAAACAUGCUUCUUGUGUACACAUAACGGAAAAGAAUACUGUAACAGAACAUAAAACUCUGGCAGACACAGACCACUGCCCUGUAAACCAGUGUCCCACUUUUGAGCUUGAAUGUUGUAAGAAAAAACCAGAAGAUAAAAAUGCUGUAAAUAUGCUUGUGCUAUUCAACACCUAUUUGUAGUUUUUUGGGGGAAGCGUUUUGUUCAUACCCCUUUGUGUUUAAAUGAAAUAAUAGAACCAAAUUGACUAAAAAAAAGAAAAGAAGGCCCUUUUGCGAUAACGUUUUUUAACUUUAAAUGUUUACAACGCAUAGUAAAUGAGAUGUUUCUAUAAUUUUUAAGUUAAAAAUCAUGAAUAAAUCUCCUCCAACAUUUGAGCUUUAGGGAUUUGUUUUUAAUAAACUAUUUUCGUACCAA